AUCCUGUGCAGUUCUGUGACAUUGAAGGCUGGGCUUCUGAAAGAGGUUGAGGCUGCCUUCUCAGGUCAGAGAUGAGAAGGAAGCUCUCACUGGCUGUCCCUCCCCUGUGAUGGGAUAACUGGAGGUGGUGGCAACCCAGCCUCCUUCCCUAGUGGCCCCAUCAGACUAAAUCUGCCCAAGGACUGUUGACUACUCCUGGAGAUCUUCGGAGCCUGCACCCAGGAGGAGGAGCACGUAGCUUGCUGCCAGAAAUGGCCCUGUCAGUGGACUCAUCUUGGCACCGGUGGCAGUGGCGUAUCAGAGAUGUCCUCUUCCAGUCCCCAUCAGAAGCCACACCACUGCUGUCCCCAGAGAAGGAGAGGCAGAGCUACAACCUGACGCGGCAACGGAUUGUGUUCCCCAACAAUGACAUAUUCCACCAAGAUUGGGCAGAGGUCUCCAAGAGAUACUCGGGCAACAGAAUCUGCACAACGAAGUAUACCCUCCUCACCUUCCUGCCCCAGAAUCUCAUGGAGCAGUUUCACAGGUGGGCCAACCUCUAUUUCCUGUUCCUGGUGAUUCUGAACUGGAUACCCACCAUGGAAGUUUUCCACAGGGAAAUCACCAUGUUACCAUUGGUCACCGUGCUGUUCAUCAUCAUGGUCAAGGAUGGCAUGGAGGACUUCAAGCGGUACUGCUUUGAUAGAGCAAUAAACUGCUCCCACAUCCAGAUCUAUGAAAGGAAGGAGCAGAGCUACGUGCAGAAGCGCUGGAGGGAUGUGAGUGUGGGAGACUUCAUCCAGAUGCGAUGUAACGAGAUCAUCCCGGCCGACAUUCUCCUCCUCUUUUCUUCGGACCCCAGUGGGAUCUGCCAUCUGGAAACCGCCAACUUGGACGGAGAGACAAACCUCAAGCAAAGGCGUGUGGUGAAGGGCUUCUCGCAGCAGGAGGCCCAGUUCAAACCAGAACACUUCCACAACACCAUCGUGUGUGAGAAACCCAACAACCACCUCAACAAAUUUAAGGGUUACAUGGAGCAUCCUGACCAGACCAGGACCGGCUUUGGCAGUGAGAGCCUUUUGCUCCGAGGAUGCACCAUCAGAAACACCGAGGUGGCUGUUGGCAUUGUCAUCUAUGCAGGCCACGAGACGAAAGCCAUGCUGAACAACAGCGGGCCGAGGUACAAGCGCAGCAAGAUCGAGCGGCGCAUGAACACGGACAUCUUCUUCUGCAUCGGGCUCCUCUUCCUCAUGUGCCUCAUCGGAGCUGUAGGUCACAGCCUCUGGAACGGGACGUUUAGGGAACACCCUCCCUUCGAUGUUCCAGAUGCCAAGGGCAGCUUCCCUCCCCUCGCCCUUGGGGGCUUCUACAUGUUCCUCACCAUGAUCAUCCUGCUCCAGGUGCUGAUCCCCAUCUCCCUGUAUGUGUCCAUUGAGCUGGUUAAGCUGGGGCAAGUGUUCUUCCUGCACAACGACCUGGACCUGUACGAUGAGGAGACGGAUCUGCCCAUCCAGUGUCGAGCCCUCAACAUCACGGAGGACCUGGGCCAGAUCGAGUACAUCUUCUCCGAUAAGACGGGGACGCUGACCGAGAACAAGAUGGUGUUCCGGCGCUGCACCAUCGUGGGCAGCGAGUACUCGCACCAAGAAAACGCCAAGAGACUGGAGGUCCCAAAGGAGCUGGACUCAGACAGCGAAGAGUGGACCCAAUACCAGUGCCUGCCCUUCCCGGCCAGAUGGGCCCCAGACCCAGCAGCAAUGAAGAGCCCAGGAGGCGUCCAGCCUCUGAGGAGGAGCCAGAGUGCCCGGGUACCCAUCCAGGGCCACUCCCGACAGAGGUCCGUGGGGCGCUGGGAAAAUGCACAGUCUCCUGUGGCCUUCAGCAGCUCCAUUGAAAAAGAUGUGACUCCAGAUAAACACCUACUACCCAAGGUACAAGAUGCUGCCCUGUGGCUGGAGAACUUGCCAGACUCCAGACCUGCCAAGGCUUCCCUCUCUACCACCUCCUCCAUCGCUGACUUCUUUCUCGCCCUAACCAUCUGCAACUCCGUCAUGGUCUCCACAACCACUGAGCCCAGGCAGAGGGUCACCAUGCCACCAUCAACCAAGGCCCUGGGGACCUCUCUGGAGAAGAUCCAGCAGCUCUUCCAGAAGUUGAAACUUUCGAGCCUCAGCCAAUCAUUCUCAUCCACUGCGCCCUCUGACACCGACCUGGGGGACAGUUUGGGGACCACCAUGGCCACCACGGACUCGGAAGACAGAGAUGAUGUGUCUGUGUGCAGUGGAGGCUACUCAACUGAUACUGACGGUGGCUACAGGAGUAGCACGUGGGACCAAGGUGAGGCCCUGGCAUCUGGGUCGGGCACUUCCUUGGAGGAGGUGCUGGAGGAUCCGGCCCUCGGCCCGGCCAGUCCUGAGCUCUGCUAUGAGGCCGAGAGCCCCGAUGAGGCUGCCCUGGUGCAUGCCGCCCGUGCCUACAGCUUCACACUGGUGUCCCGGACACCGGAGCAGGUGACCGUGCGCUUGCCCCAGGGCACCUGCCUCACCUUCGAUGUCCUCUGCACCCUGGGCUUUGACUCUGUCAGGAAGAGGAUGUCCGUGGUGGUGAGGCACCCGCUGACGGGCGACAUCAUCGUCUAUACCAAGGGCGCCGACUCGGUUAUCAUGGACCUGCUGGAAGACCCGGCCCGCGUGACUGGCACUGAUGUGGAAAAGAAGCUGAGGAAAAUCCGAGCGCGGACACAGAAGCAUCUAGACUUGUAUGCAAGAGAUGGUCUUCGGACACUGUGCAUCGCCAAGAAGGUCCUAAGUGAAGAGGACUUCCGGCGAUGGGCCAGUUUCCGGCGUGAGGCUGAGGCGUCCCUCGACAAUCGAGAUGAGCUUCUGAUGGAGACCGCCCAGCAUCUGGAGAAUCAAUUCACCUUACUGGGAGCCACUGGGAUUGAAGACCGGCUGCAGGAAGGAGUUCCAGACACAAUCGCAGCUCUGCGGGAAGCUGGGAUCCAGAUCUGGGUCUUGACAGGAGAUAAGCAGGAGACAGCGGUCAACAUCGCUUACUCCUGCCGACUGCUGGAUCAGACCGACACUGUUUACUCCAUUAACACCGAAAGUCAGGAAACUUGUGAAUCCAUCCUCAGCUGUGCCCUGGAAGAAGUGAAGCAAUUUCAUGGGCCACGGAAGCCAGAGCGCAAGCUCUUUGGGUUCUUCCUACCUUCUGAGACACCUCCCCCUGCCUCGGGAGCCACAGGGCCAGAAGUUGGACUGGUUAUUGAUGGGAAGACACUGAAUGCCAUUUUCCAGGGAAAGCUGGAGAACAAGUUUCUAGAGUUGACCCAGUACUGCCGGUCUGUCCUGUGCUGCCGCUCCACACCGCUGCAGAAGAGCAUGAUCGUCAAGUUGGUGCGAGACAAGUUGAGCGUCAUGACCCUUUCCAUAGGUGAUGGAGCAAAUGACGUAAGCAUGAUUCAAGCUGCUGACAUUGGGAUUGGAAUAUCUGGACAGGAAGGCAUGCAGGCAGUCAUGUCCAGCGACUUCGCCAUCUCCCGCUUCAGACACCUCAAGAAGCUGCUGCUGGUGCAUGGCCACUGGUGUUACUCGCGGCUGGCCAGGAUGGUGGUGUACUACUUCUACAAGAACCUGUGCUACGUCAACCUGCUCUUCUGGUACCAGUUCUUCUGCGGUUUCUCGGGCUCCACCAUGAUUGACUACUGGCAGAUGAUCUUCUUCAAUCUCUUCUUCACCUCACUGCCUCCUCUCGUCUUCGGGAUCCUUGAUAAAGACAUCUCCGCAGAGACACUCCUGGCAUUGCCCAAGCUGUACAGGAGCGGCCAGGACUCUGAGUGCUAUAACCCGUUGACUUUCUGGAUUUCCAUGAUGGAUGCGUUCUACCAGAGCCUCGUCUGUUUCUUUAUCCCUUACCUGACCUACAAGGACUCUGACAUCGACGUCUUCACCUUUGGGACACCCAUCAACACCAUCUCCCUCACCACAAUCCUCUUGCACCAGGCGAUGGAAAUGAAGACCUGGACCAUCAUCCACGGGCUGGUUCUUGCAGGCAGCUUCCUGAUGUACUUUGUGGUCUCCCUAGUAUACAACGCCACCUGCGUCACCUGCAACAGUCCCACCAAUCCCUACGGGGUGAUGCAAGUCCAGCUCUCAGACCCCACUUUCUACCUCGUCUGCUUCCUCACGCCAGUCGCGGCUCUUCUCCCAAGGUACUUUUUCUUGUCUUUACAAGGAACAUAUGGGGAAUCCCUGAUCUCAAAAGCUCAGAAAAUUGACAAACUCCCCACGGACAAAAGAGACCUGAAAAUCCAGAGUUGGAGAAGCAGACAAAUGCCUGCCUCUGUCCCUGGAGAGGCUCAGCGCAACCACCGUCCAGUACCACCUGUCCCUCAACAGGACUUCAGAGCCAACACCCCAAAGAGCUCCAGUCCUCCCAAGCAGAAGUACAAGGAGAACCGGGGGCUGCAUGGAGAGAGAAGCAGCAGAGACCACAGGAUGGACAACCCAAACUCAGCAGACUCCUCAGCUAAACUCUCAUCCAGAGAUCACCUCCUUCUGGGGCCCAACAGCAGGAUGGCACCCGGGGCCUACCCCAGUGGGCAGACUGAUGAAUAUAGGCCCUCGAGCAGGGGCAGCCAUCGCCGAUCCCAGAGUUCACUGACUAUCUGAGGGACCUGCAGAAAUCUGUACAAACUUGGAGGCUGCCCAAUCCCUGG